CAUCAACCAAUGAAAAGCAAAUGAAACAGACCGGCGCCCAUCCUGUAGAGCCCUGCGCUUGUGAGGAAAAGGAACACUGCGGACUUGAAUGUGGACGAAACCCGCCAGCAGGAGGGAUUUGUGUGAAUGGAUUAUGUCAUCUACUUAAAACGGUCCAGUUUGGGGAAAGUUACUUUGACAGCAAAAGAUACUGGAAGUGGUGCCCAACUUCAUCCUGUCAUGGCGACUGUUGUUAUGGAACAGAUUAGCCGACUGUUUAUCAACGUACAGCAGAUUCGUCAAAUCCCACGAUUCCUGGAGGUCACAUUUCCAACUCUGCCCUGUACUGUGAAGGAUUGUGAUGUUCCCCGGGUCUUCAGAGAGCCAUAUAUCUUCUCUGGCUACAGACCACUUCAUCAGAAAUGGCGUUACUACUUCCUGACUCUGUUCCAACGGCACAAUGAGGCAGUUAAUGUGUGGACCCACCUUGUUGCAGCAUUCAUCAUUUUGAUGAAAUUCAAGCAGUUUUCUGAGGUGGUGGAUUUUCUGCGAGACCCACAGUCUCAGCCUCUUUUCAUAAUCCUGCUCUCCUCUUUUAUAUACCUGUCAUGUAGUGCAGUGGCACAUCUAUUAUGUGCCAAAUCUGAACUUUCCCACUAUACUUUUUUCUUUUUGGAUUAUGUCGGUGUGGCAGUCUAUCAAUAUGGGAGUGCUCUAGUGCACUUCUAUUACGCUAUAGAGGUAGAGUGGCAUUCCUUGGUUCGAGGUAUCUUUCUUCCUAUGGCUGCUUUCUUGGCUUGGCUUUCUUGUGCAGGGUGCUGCUAUGGAAAAUACAAGAGUCAUCAGCUGCCUAAGCCAAUACGCAAACUUUGUCAGGUGGUGCCAUCAGGCCUUGCUUACAUUUUGGACAUCAGCCCUGUGAUUCACAGAAUUUAUCACUGCCAAUUAAUUCAACAAUGUGAUGAAGCGGUGUUUUACCACAAGUAUCAGGUCUUGUUUUUCUUGAUCAGUGCCUACUUUUUUUCCUGUCCUCAUCCAGAGAAGUGGUUCCCAGGGAAGUGUGAUUUUAUUGGCCAAGGCCACCAGAUCUUUCACGUAUUCUUGGUGCUUUGCACAGUGGCACAGAUUGAAGCUGUAAGGCUUGAUUUUAUGACAAGGAGGUCUGUAUAUCAUCAAUUACAUGGUGACUCUGUGUAUGACUUCUCUGCCCUCUUUGUCUUCAUGAUGUGCUGCAGCAUCAUGACUGCUUUUUACUUCAGGAACAAAGUGCGUAUUAAAUUAAGCAGCAAGAAGGAACAAUAAUUCAAGACCUCACAUGGUCUCAGUGCGCUGCUUACUGUGAUUGUCCAAAAUAGCAACGUUUAAAAAGUGCAUAUGGCUUCCUGAGAUUGCAUGCAUUUUUAUGAAACCAAAGCUAAAAAAAAGGGGAAUGUCAAAGAAGUUUGAUAUUUAUUAAUAUUCACUAAUCAAAAAAGGUGUCAUCUGACUUGUAAAAAGCCUUCAUAGUGUUUACUGGGUUGAAGUUGACAUUACAAAUUUGAAUGUCUUAAGUUUGUAUUUGUUUUGUAAUGUUCACUUGUAUUUAACUUUAACUGUGAUAAUGCUGUUGUUGAGCUCACUGUAAAACAUCAGCUUGUUAUCUUCAAAAAUUCUGUGUUUUCAGUAUUUU